CCCGUCGCUUAGCCGCCGUGGUGCUGGUGCGCCACCGCAUGGCCCAUGGUGUAUCCGGCGCGGCCAUAUAAGCCGGCCCAACCGGGGCCAGUUCACUCCCAUCGUCUCUCCCUUCCUUCGCCCACUGCACUCCCACUCCUACGCUUCCCCGCCUCGAUCGCCAUUCCGUCGAGCACAUCCCGGGCGACGCAGGCGGCCAUGGAGGACGGCGGCGCGAGGGCUGCCGCGGUGCAGAAGCUGAUGGCGGCCAAGGCCAAGUCCGGGAAGAGCUUCUCCGACAUCGGGGCCGAGACGGGGCUCACCAACGUGUAUGUCGCGCAGCUGCUGCGCCGCCAGGCGCAGCUCAAGCCCGACACGGCGGCCGCGCUGCGGGCGGCCAUCCCGGCGCUCACCGAGGAUCUCGUGGAGCUCAUGAUGCAGCCGCCCUUCCGGUCCUACAACCCGAAAAUGGUCCACGAGCCCGCCAUAUACAGACUGAAUGAAGCUAUCAUGCAUUUUGGAGAGAGCAUCAAGGCAAUCAUCAACGAGGACUUUGGUGAUGGAAUCAUGUCGGCUAUAGACUUCUACUGUACAGUCGACAAAGUUAAAGGGGCUGAUGGAAAAGACCGUGUGGUGCUCACAUUUGAUGGGAAGUAUCUGCCUCACACUGAACAGAAAGCCGCGAAUAUGAUGUCGAAGUUGCCCUGCAAGGCACCUUGAGAUAAUGAGAUGGCUGGUACUAGGAGAAGGGGGAUAUGUAGCUUCACUAAUGUCUGCUUAUACUUCAGACAAAAAAAUUGAGUGUCCCUUUUCUAGUCUGAAUGAUCGACCAAAUAAAGAGUUGUCAUAUAGUAUGUAAUGUCUGCUUGUAUUUUGGACCUGGAACAGCAUUCGACAUGAUUUUCCUCGUCUGAAUGAUCGACUAAAUAAAGUGGCAAUAUAGUUUGUAA